UAUAUCUAAAUUGUGGGAAACAUAGCACUCUGUGAUUAUACAAGUCAUACAAGUUGCUAGGAGUUAAAUGAUUCAUGUUUUGAUUUGUUUUUUACGUACAGCAGUGGUACAGCUUACAGGUGGAUAUAAAGAAUUCUCCACUGAGUUCUUCAUUAACAUUAUGCUGAUCUACACAGAAACCAGCGGAAGGUUUUAUUUCAAGAUAAAUAACUUGAAUAUGGGCCAUCAUCUUCCUCUGCUGCUCCUGCUGAUCAUGUGUAAAAGCCUGGAGGCUUGGAAUUGCACAGUAAGCUGUAAAUGCACAAACUUCACCAGCUCAUGCUGUGGACCUCAGAAAACUCAACAUCUCCCAAUAAUUGGAAAUCAAAAUGCCACUGAAUUAGUUUUGGAUUCCUGUGGAAGCUUUCCCAUGGAUAAUAAAACGUUGCAGAACUUCAUCUCGCUGAAGGAACUGACAGUUAAGAGAACCAACCUCCUUUACCUUGAUGCUCAUGCAUUCCAUGGCCUUCCCAUGCUGCAGACUUUAAACCUAACAGAAGUCAACCUGAGUAAUGCAGCAAUGCAUCAAAACGCCUUUGCCGGCCUGCCGAUAAGAAGAUUGUUCCUCGCGAACAACCGACUGGAUCAGAUCCGACGUGGGAUGUUUGCUGGUCUGAUGAAUCUGGAGCAUCUUGACCUUUCCGGCAACGGCCUCAGGUCAAUUGAGGAAAAAGCAUUAGCGAACUUAGUGAGCCUUCGCUUCCUCAAUCUGGACAACAACCACUUUGUCACGAUUACCCCUUACUGGUUUGGCGUAAUGUUCAGGAAUAACUCCUUUCCUGUGGUGAGUCUCAUUGGAAAUACAUUGACAUGUCAGUGCAAGUACAGAGGAAUGGCCCUACCUGAAUACCAGUGGUUCAGCAGAUCUGUGAUUUUAACCAAAUCCUCAUGUAUGGUGAACCAAGCUGUUGAAGAAUGCAGCCCACCCCAGGUUGAAGAGGUCUAUAAAGAAGUGACUGUGAGGGAUCUGCAGCCUCUAACUCUGUCUUGCCUACUCAGUGGGUUUCCUCGCCCAAGGGUUAGUUGGAUACUUCCCAGUGGAUUACAAUUAUUUAACAAGUCAUUUCCUCCAUUUUAUAAUGAAGAUGGAACCUUGCAUGUACAAGUAGUGGAAGCUAAGUUUGCUGGACUUUACGCUUGCAUGGCUACAAAUGUGGAAGGGACAGCUGUUAGCUUGCUUAACAUUGUGGUGUCACCCACUCCCAAGCCACCCUUCAUCACCACCCGACCUGUCACCGCUCCUACUCCUCAGACCCCUACAAUCAGCAAGAGUCUACGGGUAUUGCUGUGGACAGCAGUAGUCUUAAUAUGCAUCAUUUUUCUUAUCAUACUGUUUUGCAUCUUAAGAGUCGCCUGCAGGUACAUAAAGCAGCACCUCCGCAAUGAUGUUUCCUUCAACAGGUUUGUUGAUACUCCAAAUAUCCUAACUCUUCCAGAGAACCCCCAGUCCAUCCCUCAUAUAGAGGACAGACAUGGCCAUGUGCAUUGGUCAAGGGAGAAUGGUGAUGAUACUGUCCCAAGAGUGGCCGAGCACGCUGAUGGAAGCUACCCACCCCAUCAACAGACUGUUACAGAACUUGAAAGAAGAACUCAAUUAUAAACUGGUGUAUGAUAGGACAAAAUGUACAUCUUGGUUCUGCUUUCGGAACACAUUUAAUAGUGUGGCAAUAUGGACAGAAAACACUUUUUAAAUUUCAAAAUGUAGUACUAAAAUUAGGCUAAUGUUUAGACAUUUGAGUUCUUUCAGAUUCAAUAGGUCUAAUAGGUAUAAUUAAAUACAAUUUAAAUACAUAUUGAAUUAUUGUAAGUAUAGUAUAAAUAUAUUUAAAAAUAUUUAAGUAAUUUAUAUAAAUCUAGUGGUUUGAUGUAUGUGUUUAUCAGUAAGGAUUACAUUGUAUUGCAAAUGUGCUGGAUUUAAAUUAAUUUUAGUUGUUUCCUUUACUAUCUUAUACUGUUUGCAACCAUUCAUGGUGGUUAUGCAUGUUGCUGUUCCAAUAUACUUUAUUAUUAUUAUUAUUAUUAUUAUUAUUUUGAGAAACAAUAAUACAACUUUAAUAUUGUAGGAAAAAACCCAAACCGCUCAGAAUAAAAGGAAAAUUAUAAGACCCAUUUAAAAAAAGGCAAUUAAAAUGAUAUUUUAGGUUACUUUCUCUUAUUUAUAAAAUGUAUAUUGUUUCUUAAUACCGGU